CGACAUUCUCGGAACGUCACUUGGCUUCCUCUCUGUUCCAAUCUUCCAUACCACCUUUUAUGCGCCCUCUGAUUUUGGUCCUGUGUCUGCUCAUGUACCCGUUCCAGCAUCGUUGCCAUGCGUGAUACCCAAUAGACAGUAGAACCGUCGACUUUUUUUGCAACCGCCUUUUUUUUCUUGGGCCUAUUUCCUUCCAAUGCGGACUCCGCGCUCCAUCUACUCCUCUGACUAACUGGACUAACUGCUCGAUCUACGUAUCUUGCUGACCGCGGCACUAUGCCACCGAUUGUGAUUUUGAUCCGCCAUGGCGAGGCGCAACACAACGUCACGAAUAAGUCACGGCCCUUUUUCUUUUCAAAUAAAAAAAAUGAAAAAUGAAACCCUGUUGCAACGCAACGUGCGUGGCUCCGCACCGGCUGACCGUCUGCCACAGGACUACAAGAUCAGAGAUCCGCCGCUCACGGAUCUGGGUCACGAGCAGUGCAAGAAGCUGAAUGCACAUCUGAGGGACGAAGAGCCGCUGGCGGGCGACAUCGAAGCGGUGAUCUGCAGUCCGAUGAAGAGGACGAUCCAGACGAUGAUCGAAGGACUGGACUUCCUGCUCGCGGGCGAGGGAGAAGGCGGCGAGCGCAAGAAACCGAGCGUGGAAUUCGAUGCUCGCUGGCAAGAGAAUUCAGACGCGCCGUGUGAUACGGGCUCGCCCGUUUCCGCGCUCCAGGACGAGUUCCCGCAGUACCGAGAGGGGCUGUCGAGAGUGGACCCGGCCUGGCCGUCCAAGACGGGGCCGUACGCGUUCACGCGCACGGCGACGCUCGAGCGCGGCCAGGCCGUUCUGCAAGCUCUCUACUCCCGCCCCGAGAAGGUCGUCGCCGUGGUCUCGCACUCUGGCUUCUUGCGCACGGCCGUCAGCCAGUCGCACUACGCCAACGCGGACUACAGGGUCUUCGACUUCGAGGAGAAGAUGGCGGGCAAGGAGUACAGGCUGAUCGAAAGGGACGGGACGCGAGAGAAGGGCGGCGGGCUGGGGAUGAGCUGGAAGGGAUGGGCCAACGUGGAGGAGGGCGACUUCCCCGAAGAGAUCACCAACGAGGCUAGGGAGGAGACUCCGCCGCCGGUGCCGGACGAGAGACUGGGAAGGGUCUGAGCCCAUUCGAGUCGAUCCCUUGAUUUCAAGUCUGCUGCCGUCUGUAGUGGGAUUGAGGUGUCGGACCUGAACGAAGCAGAUCGCUCGUAGGGCGAUUAGUUAGAUCAUCUUUAAGACUUCGACGUUCUUCUUCCCGCUCAUGCAAUGCACGCAAACGUGUCUGCGCCGUCCGGCAAAUUGUGCCGCUCAUGCUGCUUCUGAAGGGAAGACAACGAAAAGGAACGGAUGGGUCCCAUUUGCGCAUUUCCGUGUGACAUGGGGCCUCGUCAGACGAGCUGUGCGAAGUCGACUUGAGCCAGGACGACUGGUUCGAGACAAUCACGGCCGCCAAUGCGUCAACGGACUGGCGGGUAGAUCAUGCCAAUCAACUUUGACAGCGCCGUGGCGUGCACGUCACGGAAUCGGAGGGGAAUGAAGUAGACUCCUCGACGUGGUCGCACUACAGCCUGUCUGAAUUGGAGAUGGCUUCACAGACAAGCUUGGUGCCCAGACGGGAAGGAGGCUCAAAAACGCG